AGCCUUGCAAUCUAUGCCGACGGGAAGGUGGUGCGAGCCUGCGCCAGCGCCCAGAUCCCGGGACAGGGCCGGCAAUGCUGCUGAGCAGAACUUGACCGAGCCUCUUCCUCGCUGCUAGUUGAAGCGAUGCUGCAGGGCACAGCCAGCCCUUCCCCGGCUCUCCUUCAAGCUGAAGGUUACCCACCCGCGAAGCCAGCGCCAACCCUGUGAGUGCCUCGCCUCGGUCCUCGCUUGGCGGCGGCGCGCAGGCAACGACUGGGCCGCCCGCGCAGGGGCGCACUGCACCAGAGGCUUCGGCUUGGUGGAUGUGUAUGCAUGAGUUCUGCACCGAAUGGGCGCAAAAAGCGCCCCAGCCGGUCCACCCGCUCCUCGAUCUUUCAGAUCAGCAAGCCCCAGCUGCAGAGCGGGGAGUGGGAACGCAGGGGCAGUGGCUCCGACAGCGCCCACAAAACCCACCGAGCCCUGGACGACUGCAAGAUGCUUGUCCAAGAGUUCAACACGCAAGUGGCCCUGUACCGAGAGUUGGUUAUUUCCAUUGGGGACGUCUCGGUCAGCUGCCCCUCACUCCGGGCGGAAAUGCACAAGACAAGAACCAAAGGCUGUGAAAUGGCCCGUCAGGCACACCAAAAACUCGCUGCCAUCUCAGGCCCAGAAGAUGGUGAGAUCCAUCCAGAAAUCUGUCGGCUUUAUAUCCAGCUGCAGUGCUGCUUAGAAAUGUACACAACAGAGAUGCUAAAAUCCAUAUGUCUGCUGGGGUCUCUUCAGUUUCAUCGAAAAGGAAAGGAGCCUGGUGGGGGAACCAAGAGUUUGGAUUGCAAAAUUGAGGAGAGUGCUGAACCACCUGCUCUAGAAGACUCCUCUUCAUCCCCCGUGGAUACGCAGCAACAUUCCUGGCAGGUUUCCACAGACAUUGAGAACACCGAAAGAGACAUGCGAGAAAUGAAAAACCUUUUAAGCAAACUCAGGGAAACUAUGCCUUUACCACUGAAAAAUCAAGAUGACAGCAGCCUUCUAAAUCUAACUUCCUACCCCCUGGUCAGAAGACGGAAGAGAAGGUUUUUUGGGCUAUGUUGUCUCGUCUCAAGCUAGACCAUUCCUCCUGGAAACCCGCCCCAGGGGAGACUUGGAAAAACCCCAGAAGCCGAGGACCUCCAGACAGCUGAACCACAGUUACUGGGUUUUGACUAUGUUUUCUAUGCUUCCUUGUUACUUUUAUCUGCCUCUCUCUGCCCUUUUAAAUGAUUUUACAUUUGAAAGUAGCUGCUGUCAAGGGGGGGGGGGGGUAAAAAAGCAGGCUGUUUUUAAAAGGAUUUUUAAAGUUGACAUUGUGCAUGUCUGCAUACCAUGACAGAUGCAAGAAUUAUGAUUUUUAGAUUAUUUAAAAGUUUUUUAAAAUGUAUUAUACAGAGAAAAAUUAUUUCAUGUAUAAUAGUAAAUCUAUAGCUCUUACUGAUCUCAUGUUAGCAAUCCAUCAUAUAUGGAAGAAGUCUUUAAACAUAGAAAUCUAUUUAAAACUGCAAAACUGUGUUAAAAUCCAAUCAAUAUCAUUAGAAAUAUUAUAAGCAAACACACCACCUCACCUAUUGCUUUCUCUGCUUUCAUUUACAUUUAGUCUUCCAUUCUGUCAGAAUCUAAGAGCUUCAACAGAAAAAUAUCUUAAUUUAUAAUGCAACAAAAACCAUAUAUGAAAAGUAUUUAAAUUUUGUAAAUACACAAUAAUCCUAAUACCUUCGUACAAUGCAUAUGGGCGACUAAUUUCCUUUCGAUCCAAUGGUGUCUUUUCAGCUUCUUGGAGAAUGAAGUUACCCAGUUAGGAAAUGGUGUAGUAACACAUAUACGAGUACCCUCAAAUGUACAAUUUUAAUAUUAUCACAUUUUGUUCUAAUUGAAAUCUGACGCAUGACUCCACACAUCAGCACAGUGUUAACUCUUUUAGGGCAUGCUGGAAUUAGCUCCGAUCGUAAAAAUAUUUAACAUUUUACAUGGUUAAUAAAAUCUUUUUAGUUCAGCUAAGCUUGUCUCAUGUUAGAUGACUAUGCAGAUAUGACUUUUCAAUGUGUACUUGGUGUCUUAUCUUACCCAGAUUCUUGGAAGCAGGACACAUGAAGCAAUACUAUAUUUUAGGAAGGAGGAAGCCACGUGCUACGUUUUCCUGCUCAUAGCUUAGUUGUGAUCUCCCUCACUCAACUUGCAACAUGGUACAAAUUUUGUUACAUUCCCCCCUGUUCUUCCUUUGGCCCAUUUCCCAGACAGAAUUUCCCAUGGGUCAACAGAUCAAGUCUUUGGAUAUCUUUUCUUCUUUCCAUAGUCUGAAAAAACCUGAAGUCAGACA